UGCCUCCCUUCUCUUAUAACCCGAAUUUUUUUCUACCUCCUUCUCACCCCUCCCCGUCGCCCUCCUCUCUCCCCUCGUCUGCUCCACUCGCUUUCUUGUCUUUUCCCUGUGAAUUUACGGUUCUGCCCCCGGUGGGCUCCACCACUGCAUCUUUUUUUUUUUUGGUUUGAGGCCAUUUGCAUCCUUUGUUUAGUUUGCUCUUUUUUUCCCUGGUCCACGAGAGGAAAAAGACCUCUCUCUUGCUUUCUUUUUCGACGGCUGUGCUCUGUGCUGACGUGGCGCGUGGUGAAGCGGAGCCGUCGAUAUGUCGCUCAGCGAGAAGCUGGAGGCGGCCCGUGUCGCGCUCGGCAAGCGCAAGGAGCGGGAGCUGCAGGCGCAGGCGCUGCGCCCCGCGCCGGCUAAAGCCGAGCCGGGGAAGCCGGCUCCCGCUCCGGCUCGGGCCGGCGGCGGCGGCAACAAGAUCCUGGCCGGCCACCUGGCUCACGAGUUCCUCACCCACGGCACGCUCCUCGGGCGCCGGAUCGAGCCGAGCCGUGCCGGCCCGGCUCCCGCCGCACGAGACGACCCCGAGCCGAGGAGGAGGUACGCCGAGGUGUCCUGGCUGCUGAUGACGAGCGGGGCCCACAUCCCCGGCGUCGUCAACCCGACGCAGCUCGGCCGCUGGCUGCAGAUAAAGGACUGACGGCCACGUCGGCGCGACAGGUGGCGCGGCGCCAUUGGCCCGAGGCGCCGGGGCACCCAGGCUUUCUUACCUGGGAGAAGGGGAACCGAUCGAUGCUCCCCUGGACACACCAAGCGGUUUCGCCAUUUUUCGCCUCCUCUCUGUGCUCUGUUUCUAUCUAGAUUCUCUAGAUCUAGCGAGAUCAACCAAGACUGCCUGUACUAGCUUUGUUUGACACAUUGUUUCUACAACUCUGUUGCCGUAUCAUGUCUGUUUGU